CGGCGGGCUUGGCGGAAGGCCUGGGGAGGGGCAGCUUCGACGUGGUUCUGGACAAGGGCACAUUGGACGCUAUUUUCAGUACCCCAGAGAGCGAGUGUCACGCAGACAUGAUGAUGGACGAGGUCGAGGACGUGCUCUCGCCGAAUGGGCGGUACAUGGUCGUGACUUUGGGGCAGGACUUUAUAUUGGGCAAGCUCCUGGAACGCUUCGGUGGUUCAAGGUCAGGGGAUUGGCGCCUCUCUUUGCAUGCCGUUGAGGAUCCUGAAGCCGCCUCGCCAUUUUUAAUCAUUGUCGGAGUAGCGUCUCGCGGUCAAGCUGGGGAGGGCGACGGAAAGAGGAUAUCCGUGCAUUUUGACGACGCGGGGCGCCGCCUGGCUGACGACAAGGCGAGAACUUUCCGCGCCCCGGACCUCGCCGACGUCCUCUCCCUCGUGAACAUGGCACAAGAGCGUGUCGCAGUUAAACAUGAACUCCGCGACAUCGUUCCCGGGCGUUUUAAGGGCGAGAUUCACAUCUGGCUGGCACCGAGGAGCACAGACGCGACGUCUGAGAUCGUCUCCGCCGCCCCAGACGGACCACGCUACACACUCAGUAUCGUGGAUCUCGUCCCUCAAAACCCUGCGCCCCUACCCUGUGCCGUUUUCAUCAUCCCUCAAGGCCGGGAGCACGACUGGCUCUUCUCCACCGCGGACGGGCUCCGGCAAGUCGGGUUGAGCACCGAUUACCGCCGCCUGAUUUGCGUGCGAAUGAAUCGGGGCCACGUCUUCCGAGACAUGGACGAGGUGAAAACCGAGCUAGGGCCGGUGGUGAUAGACUUUGUGCCCGUGGACCGAGACCCCGCGUACAUGGUGCCCUAUCUGGCGGUGGGGGACUCCAUUGGGGCCAGAAGCGCGGUGGUGGCAUCCGGGGAGCUGCCGG